CGCUACACGCUGUCGUCGUUUCAGACGUCUUUGUCUCGAUCGUUGGCGGAUAAGUAUCGUUUCGAUUUUCUUUUCUUCGGCCAACCGGAAACCAACAACCAGAGACAUCGUCGAUCGCCGCAUUUUCCACGAGCCAUGAAGUCGAGCGUCUUGUUUGCGUUGGUAGUCGCGUGCGCUCUCGUGCUGAUCGAGAGAGCGAACGCGGAGUCGGCCGAGAACAGCACGCAGGCAACCAAACGGGUGAAAGAGCCAAAGGAGAUAAAGGAGACAGCGACCGCGAGCAAGGACGUGAAGGCGGCUAUAGAUAACGCGAAGAAGAAUAAGAAGGACUGCGUGAACGAGUGCGAUUACGAGCACGAUCCGAUUUGCGUGCACGAUCCGAACGACGAGAGCUUCAAGCCCAGAACGUUCGCAAACGAGUGCCUUCUGGACGUUUACAACUGCGCAACAGGGACCAAGCUGGCGAUCAAGAACAAGGGAGAGUGUCCCGGAUCGGGUGGCGUCAGGCUCUUCUAAUCUCGCGAAUGGACCACCCUUGCCUCGCACCGCACCCCUCGACACGGGUCUAUCCACGCGUUCGAGGAGAAAACGCAACGCUUAUAGGCUUACGUAACGCCGAGUUUCGGCCUUAUUAGCUUCAGCUUCAGCUUCGACAUCAGCGAGAGAGCGGAGACGCGAACCGAAGAUGGAAAGGAAAAUGGAAAAGCGUAGGAUUAAA